CCUGGGCUGGCGGCGGCGGCGGCGGCGGCGGCGGCGGUGGCGGUGGGACACUGGUGACUCGCCGAGGGGUGCCUCGGCCAUGACUGCGGAGCUGCAGCAAGACGACGCGGCGGGAGCGGCCGACGGUCACGGCUCGAGCUGCCAAAUGCUGUUAAAUCAACUGAGAGAAAUCACAGGCAUUCAGGAUCCUUCCUUUCUUCAUGAAGCUCUCAAGGCCAGUAAUGGUGACAUUACCCAGGCUGUCAGCCUUCUCACUGAUGAAAGAGUGAAGGAGCCCAGUGAAGACACUGUUGCUACAGAACCAUCGGAAGUAGAGGGCAGUGCUGCCAGCAGAGAAGUAUUAGCAAAAGUAAUAGACCUUACUCACGAUAACAAAGAUGACCUUCAGGCGGCCAUUGCUUUGAGUCUUCUGGAGUCCCCCAAAAUUCAAGCUGAUGGAAGAGAUCUUAACAGGAUGCACGAGUCAACCUGUGCAGAAACUAAACGCUCAAAAAGAAAACGCUGUGAAGUCUGGGGAGAAAACCCCAAUCCAAAUGACUGGAGGAGAGUUGAUGGUUGGCCAGUUGGACUGAAAAAUGUUGGCAACACAUGUUGGUUCAGUGCUGUUAUUCAGUCUCUUUUUCAGUUGCCUGAAUUCCGAAGACUUGUUCUCAGCUAUACUCUGCCACAGAAUAUACUUGAAAAUUGCCGAAGUCACACAGAAAAGAGAAAUAUUGUUUUUAUGCAAGAGCUUCAGUAUUUGUUUGCUUUGAUGAUGGGAUCAAAUCGAAAGUUUGUAGACCCUUCUGCAGCCUUGGACCUGUUAAAGGGAGCAUUCCGGUCAUCAGAGGAACAGCAGCAAGAUGUGAGUGAGUUCACACACAAGCUCCUGGACUGGCUGGAGGACGCGUUUCAGCUAGCUGUUAAUGUUAAUAAUCCCAGAAAUAAAUCUGAAAAUCCUAUGGUGCAGCUAUUCUACGGGACUUUCUUGACAGAAGGGGUUCGUGAAGGAAAGCCCUUUUGCAAUAAUGAGACCUUCGGCCAGUACCCCCUCCAGGUAAAUGGUUAUCGCAACUUAGAUGAAUGUUUGGAAGGGGCCAUGGUGGAGGGUGACAUUGAGCUUCUUCCUUCGGAUCACUCAGUGAAGUAUGGGCAAGAGCGUUGGUUUACAAAGCUACCUCCAGUGUUGACCUUUGAACUCUCUAGAUUUGAGUUCAAUCAAUCUCUUGGGCAGCCAGAGAAAAUUCAUAAUAAACUGGAAUUUCCUCAGAUUAUUUAUAUGGACAGGUACAUGUACAGGAGCAAGGAGCUUAUUCGAAGUAAGAGAGAAUGUGUUCGGAAGUUGAAGGAAGAAAUAAAAGUUCUUCAACAAAAAUUGGAAAGGUAUGUGAAGUAUGGCUCUGGCCCAGCUCGGUUCCCACUCCCAGACAUGUUGAAAUAUGUUAUUGAAUUUGCCAGUACAAAACCUGCCUCAGAAAGCUGUCUGUCUCAGAGUGACACACACGGAACAUUGCCACUUCCUUCAAUGCACUACCCAGUUUCUGAUCUGACAUCCAAGGAAAGUACAAGUGCAGAAGGCCCUUCUCAGAACAUUGAAAGUUCCUUUUCUCCUGAAGACUGUCUACACCAGUCUGAAGUAAUGAGUACCCCACCAAGGUCUUCCCUGGGAAUGCCUAUGCACCCUGCUCCUCGAACAGUCACUGAUGAAGAGAUGAACUUCGUUAAGACCUGUCUUCAGAGGUGGAGGAGUGAGAUUGAACAAGACAUACAAGAUUUAAAGAAUUGUAUUGCAAACACCAACCACACUAUUGAGGAGAUGUACCGUGAUCCUCUUCUUUGUCAGGUGCCUUACCGUUUACAUGCAGUUCUUGUUCAUGAAGGACAAGCAAAUGCUGGACACUACUGGGCCUAUAUUUAUAACCAGCCUCGGCAAAUCUGGCUCAAGUACAAUGAUAUCUCUGUCACUGAGUCUUCCUGGGAAGAACUUGAAAGAGAUUCUUAUGGAGGCCUGAGAAAUGUUAGUGCUUACUGUUUGAUGUAUAUCAAUGACAAGCUACCCCACUUCAAUGCAGCCCCGGGUGAACCAGAGCAGAUGCUGGGAGAGGUGGAUGCCCUAUCUGUGGAGCUCAAGCAUUACAUUCAAGAAGAUAACUGGCGGUUUGAGCAGGAAGUCGAGGAGUGGGAAGAAGAACAAUCGUGUAAAAUCCCUCAGAUGGAAUCCUCUGGCAGCCCAUCAUCCCAGGAUUUCUCUACAUCCCAAGAGCCACCAGCAGCCUCUCCUCCCGGGGUUCGCUGCUUGUCGUCUGAGCACGCAGUGAUUGUGAAGGAGCAGACCGCCCAGGCCAUCGCAAACACAGCUAGAGCCUAUGAGAAGAGUGGGGUAGAAGCAGCUUUAAGUGAGCUUAAGGAAGCUGAACCUGAGAAGCCCGUGCCUCAGGAAUCAAACCUGGCAGAGCAGUCAGAGCCGCCCCCAAGGGCUGAUGCUGCAGAAUGUGCUGCCCAGCCUAAUUCUGAGGUCUCUGAAGUGGAGAUCCCCAGUGUGGGGAGGAUUCUGGUUAGAUCUGAUGCAGAUGGAUAUGAUGAGGAGGUGAUGCUGAGCCCUGCCAUGCAAGGGGUCCUCCUGGCUAUAGCUAAGGCCCGUCAGACCUUUGACCGAGAUGGGUCUGAAGCAGGGCUCAUUAAGGCGUUCCAUGAGGAAUACUCCAGGCUCUAUCAGCUCGCCAAGGAGACGCCUACCUCUCACAGUGAUCCUCGACUCCAGCAUGUCCUGGUCUACUUUUUCCAAAAUGAAGCUCCCAAGAGGGUGGUAGAGAGAACCCUUCUAGAGCAGUUUGCAGAUAAAAAUCUUAGCUACGAUGAAAGGUCAAUCAGUAUUAUGAAGGUGGCUCAGGCUAAGCUGAGGGAAAUCGGUCCAGAUGACAUGAAUAUGGAAGAGUAUAAGAAGUGGCAUGAAGAUUAUAGUUUGUUCCGAAAGGUGUCUGUGUAUCUCCUGACAGGCCUAGAACUCUAUCAGAAAGGAAAGUAUCAAGAAGCGCUGUCCUACUUGGUAUAUGCCUACCAGAGCAACGCCGCGCUGCUGAUGAAGGGGCCCCACCGGGGGGUGAAGGAAUCCGUGAUUGCUUUAUACCGGAGAAAAUGCCUUCUGGAACUGAAUGCCAGAGCAGCUUCUCUCUUUGAAACAAAUGAUGAUCACUCUGUAACAGAGGGGAUUAACGUGAUGAAUGAAUUGAUCAUUCCCUGCAUUCACCUGAUCAUUAACAAUGACAUCUCCAAGGACGAUCUAGAUGCCAUUGAAGUCAUGAGAAACCACUGGUGCUCUUACCUUGGGCAAGAUAUUGCAGAAAAUCUGCAGCUGUGCUUAGGAGAGUUUCUACCUAGGCUUCUAGAUCCUUCUGCAGAAAUCAUUGUCUUGAAAGAACCUCCAACAAUUCGGCCCAAUUCUCCCUAUGAUCUUUGUAGCAGAUUUGCGGCUGUCAUGGAGUCAAUUCAAGGAGUUUCAACUGUGACAGUGAAAUAACACCCUCGUGUUUAAGGCCCAUCCUGGUCUUGGGCUGCCUACCUGUUGCACAUCAGUCUGUUGUCAUGGUAUUCCCCUGGGGAAAGGAGUUGGGUGGAGGAGUAAGAAUCAGAUCUUGCACUGUUUAGUUACUGAAUCAUGAAAGCUAAUCCACUAGCAAAGGCAGGAAGCAUUGUAUUAAGGUAUUGUGUUAAGCCAGAAGACCUGAAAUGCCUUCGAACCUACCUUAAUGCAUGGACUUUUCUAAGCCUCUUGCCACUUCUUAAAUUAUGCUUUAGGCAUAAGUAUUUUUGACAGCAGAAUUGAGGAGUGAUUCAUCAGAACCUGAACCAGAUGAGCAGCUACUAGUUAUUUUAUCAAGCACAGUGACAGUUUAAGACUUAACUACCAGAGAUUACUAAUAGAAGCCUUGCCUGCCUCUUGACAGGUGACGGUAGAAGGGUUGUUGAUGAACCUCCACCAGUUUCCAAGGGGGUAGAGCAUCAGGUCCCAUAGCAUUGAGAUGAUGAAAGUCAAAGGAGAGCUGCCUCUCUUCCUCCUUCUCAUUUACAUUUCUAAAUAAACCAGAAAACCUCAGAGUCAGUCCUAAGUGAAAAAGCAAGCAUUAAGGACUUUGGACAGAAUGGCAUUAUGAAGCUUGACUAAUGAUAGCAUUUUAGUUCUUUUUAACUAUUUAGGCAAAGUUUUCAAAAACAGGUGUCUAUGGCUGCUACUGGCCCAAUAGAACAUUUUAAUUCCCCUUUUUUGAUUUAAAAAAAAAAUAAGGGAUGUGGAUUUGUAAAAAGAAAAAAAAAUCUAUAUAUAUGUAUAUAGAGAGAAAAAAACAAUUUUUAAAGGACUUGUGUCCUUUGGGGUUUAUGUCCUUGGAAAUUAUGUUUUAACCAAAUUUUAGAGAUUAAUCAUGGUAGGGAAGAACACACAACUAUGCAGAUUUUAUAAAUGUGCAAUAAAAGUAUUUGUUUUAC